CCCACCCGCCGGCGUAUCGACGACGCAGAGGUGUAGGAUGUAGUACAGGACGUGGCUAACGAGCUACUACUUAUAUUAGGACGUCCGGAAAUACAUAAACGUCGUUAUUAGGAUCUGUUUUACUACAUGUUUAAUGUGUGUGACUGCCAGAUGUGACGGAUCAGCAAUACAUCGAGAGCUGAAUGGGAGCAUUUGAGGCCUUUUGUGAGUGAGGAGGUUGUGGAUCCCAGUGAUGUACCAUGGGGUACGACAUUACGAGGUUCCAAGGGGAGGUGGAUGAAGACCUGCUGUGCCCUAUAUGUAGCGGAGUGCUUGAGGAACCGGUGCAGGCUCCACACUGUGAGCACGCCUUCUGCAAUGCCUGCAUAACACAGUGGUUUGCCCAGCAGCAGAUAUGUCCUGUUGACCGCACGGUGGUGACGCUAGCUCACCUCCGGCCUGUGCCCCGCAUCAUGCGUAACAUGCUGUCUAAACUUCAGAUCAGCUGCGACAAUGCAGGUUUUGGCUGUACCGCCACACUGCGGCUGGACCAGCUGCAGUCCCACCUCAAGGACUGUGAGCACAACCCCAAAAGGCCUGUCAGCUGUGAGGAGGGAUGUGGACUUGAGAUGCCCAAAGAUGAGGUGCCCAACCAUAACUGCAUCAAACACUUGCGGAGCGUCGUCCAGCAGCAACAGACAAAGAUUUCAGAGCUGGAGAAAAAUGUCGCAGAGCAUAAGCACCAAUUGGGGGAACAAAAACGGGACAUUCAGCUGCUAAAAGCCUACAUGAGAGCCAUCCGCAGUGCUAACCCUAACCUGCAGAACCUGGAGGAGAGCAUCGAGUACAACGAGAUCUUGGAGUGGGUGAACUCCAUGCAACCAGCCAGGGUGACACGCUGGGGCGGGAUGAUCUCCACUCCGGAUGCUGUGCUCCAAGCAGUCAUCAAACGCUCCCUCAUCGACAGCGGCUGUCCGCUCUCCAUUGUGAACGACCUGAUCGAGAACGCCCACGAGCGGAACUGGCCGCAGGGACUGGCCACGCUGGAGACGCGGCAGAUGAACAGGCGCUACUACGAGAACUAUGUUGCCAAGCGUAUCCCUGGCAAGCAGGCCGUGGUGGUGAUGGCCUGUGAGAAUCAGCACAUGGGGGAGGAUAUGAUCCUGGAGCCCGGCCUGGUCAUGAUCUUUGCUCACGGAGUGGAGGAGAUCUUAUAACUUCAUAACCGCAAACUGAGCUGAUCCAGAGACACGUGGGGAUGUUUUGCUUGGGGGGGUUGCUGUGACGAGUAGAGUUGUCCUCGUUGGAGUGAAACCUUCUUAUUGAAUCUGGCUUAUUUAAAAUAAAAUCUUAUAAGAAGCUUGAUACCUAUGCCUUAAAGUAAGGACACAUGUAUUAUGAACCUGGCUAAUAGAAACAUGAUCUGACUGAUGUGUGAGAUAAAAGGUGAGAUGGAUGUUGACAAGGUUUAUAUUUGGUGCAUAAUAUGAUCUGAUUGUUCUGCUCCAUGUCCUAAUAAUAUAGUAAUAAGCUUGAACCCCCGUUUAAUGCUCUCAGUUGUAUAAAUGCUUGUAAAUACAAAUACUAUAUUGAAUUAUAAAUGUCAUUCUCUUAUUCCUCUCGCUGCAGUUAGAUUGUGACUUUUGUUUCUCUCGGUUGUGUUUAGUCAGCUUGUGUUACUGUCUGCAGGGACAUUGACUCUAAAGAUUUUUAGCGUGCCCGCUUUAGUAUUUGGUUUCCUGUGAACAUUUCACAAGACGUUGUGCUUCUGAGUUUAGAUUGUCUAAACCUUCUGUGCCAUUCGUUUUAUUUAUUGUGUUGCCUUUUACACAAACAUGCUUGAAGAAGUUACCAGUCGAUGUAUGGAAAUCUGCCUUUUUCGGUGCAUUUGAAGUUCAUUGCAGAAAGAAAAUUGAUUGUGUGUUUUAUUUGUUGCCUCCGUUGUAAAUACAGUCUGUAUGUUGGGUCCAGUUGAAGUGUUAAAUUUGAAGAUUUGAACAUUUUGGAUUUAAUUGUGUUAAUGAGUUUUAUUUGACAAAUCAUGAUGGUUCACGUGAUAUUUUAACGUGAUCCUAACGUCUUUUUCUGAUGAUUGAAAUAUAGACUUUGAUCUUCUCAUUCUAGACACUUAGCAAACAUCUGUUCACUGACAUGUCACUACAUACCAGAGCUUGGAGAUUGUAAAAAAACAAAAAUAGCCACUCUUAUGGCUUUUGAGAUGUAAAAUGUUUUGCCAUCUGUCACUUAUUGCUGUAGUAAGACGAGACUUAAAAUGUCUGCUAUAAAAGCCCACAGAAGUGCAGUAAACAGAUA